AUGCCUUACAAUAUAGUCAUAGCAUACCUCGUCGAUGUCGUUCCAGCACUGCAUCAUUUAGCUUUGAAUGAAUACUUCUGCUUGGGAAAACUGGUGAUAGUGGGUUUCUACAUCGCAAUAUUUAGAAAAGUCAAGAAACAAAAACAACAAAUUGGGCAAUACGGCAAUGCAUUGCAAGGCACUUCAUCGCACGGGAUGCAAAUUGUUACACCGGAAAACCAAACAGCUAGUAACAGCAUGGCGCUGAAAUUUCCAUCAGCUGCAGGCCCAUCAACGUCGCUCAAUGCGACAACCAGCCUCGGAGGUCUAAAUACGGUUUCCGGUGUCAUCUCGGGAGCAGGUAUGGGAGGUGAAAGUGGAAUAACCGGUUCCACUGAUAUGGUGUCAUUGGAGGCGACUACGUCCAGGGGAGGUCCUUCUGCGUCUCACGCCCGCUCUGACGAGUCAGCAAGGGUGACAAUCAACGUAUCGACCAGCAAUACGGAGGCCAAGCUUGCAAAAAUGACUGCAGCUACUCUCGGGUGCUUCUUUGCUCUGUAUUGUCCAUAUCUAAUGAUAUUCUGGUGCGAAAAAUAUUUUGAGAAGGGUAGUUUGACAUUCGCUGUACUUAGAAACAUUGCUAUUGAAUUUAUAGCGUUAAGUUCAGCAAUUAAUCCGUUCAUAUACGGUUUCAUGAAUUCCAAUUUCAGGAGAGCAUUUUCCAAAAUGUUUAAAUGUAAUAAGACAUAA